AUGACAAACAACGCAAACGAUCAGUUGCUAGUCGCGGAAGGACCCAGCCCAAACGGCCACGCUGGAGACGGCGUCCAAGACCAUCGAGAUAGCUUUGCCACACGAGCGAUCCAUGUCGGCUCGGCGCCCGAUCCUGUCACCGGCGCAAUCAUUCCUGCUCUCCACACCGCGACGACCUACAAGCAGUCUGGAGUCGGCAAGCCUAUCGGCGGUCAUGACUACUCUAGAGGAUCCAAUCCUACUCGCAACUCCCUGGAAUCUCUCUUGACAUCGCUAGAGACAUGUCCCGACUCGCGGACUUCGGUCGAUGGACACGAUGAUGCCUCAGGCGGCGAGGCGCUGGUGUUCGCAUCGGGAUCAGCGGCUACAGCAGCUAUGUCCUACUGGGCUAGUCUGCAGCGGAGCGAAGGUGGGGGCGGCGGUACGGACGGGGUCAAAGGUGGAGGGGGUCAUGUGCUUGCCGUGAAUGAUUGUUAUGGCGGUACAGCUCGUUUCCUCUCGCGAGCUAUACAGGCGACCGGCGUGGAGGUGACCUACCUAGACUUUGAGGCGGCAGGGGAGGAAGGGAUCCGAGCGGCGAUCAGGCCGGACACUAGGCUACUCUGGCUCGAAAUCCCGACCAACCCCCUACUCCUCGUUCCUCCACUCCCGCUCAUCGCCAAGAUCGUCCACUCCUUGCCCGCCGACACCCGCCCCCUCAUCGUGGUCGAUACAACCUUCCUCUCCCCAUUCUACACCACGCCUCUGGUCCCCGUCACGCCCGAUGCGCUUCCCCUGGCAGAUGUCAUCCUUACUUCGCUUUCAAAGUACUCGUCGGGCCACUCGGACAUCAUCCUUGGCUCCCUGACGCUGUCGCCCGACUUGGUCCGCUCACGCCCAUACGUCCUGCAGGGGUUACGCUUCCUCCAAAACUCCUUCGGCGGUGUUCCUUCUCCUCGAGACUGCCACCUCAUGAUCCGCAGUAUCAAGACGCUGGGCGUGCGAGCUCUCCGACACGGACUCAACGCGCUCCGGGUCGCCGACUGGCUAAGUCGACACCCAGGCGUCGAGGAUGUGCGGUACCCCGGCCUGGCGACCUCGGUAGCGUUCCAUCAGAUCGAGAGCCUGCUUUCGGCAAAUGCGCGAAAGGAGCUCCAAUAUCUCGGGUGGAGCUUCCCAUAUCAGGCUAGCAAGGGAGGCAAAGAAGGGAUGUUGGCGCAUACCCGUACGCUAGGCGUACCCUUUGGCGGGAUGAUUGCGUUCAGGCUAAAGGGGGCGGACGAGGAGACGACGGGCAAGUGGUUGACCAGCUUGCGAUUGAUCUCGCUUGCAGAGAGUCUCGGCGGGGUAGAGAGCUUGGUGGAGGCUCCUUACGGAAUGACGCAUGCGUCUUUGCCGGCAGCGACGAGGGAGAAGCUGGGCAUCACGCCGAGUCUCAUUCGUCUGUCAGUAGGAAUUGAGGAUGUGGAUGAUUUGAUUGCGGAUCUGGAGCAGGCGAUGGAGCGUAUGUAA